AUGGGCAUCUCACAAGAUGAUCGCAUCAAACAACUAAAGGCUUUUGAUGACACAAAAUUGGGUGUCAAAGGACUAGUAGAUGCUGCAGCUGGUGGGUCUGUUGCUAUCCCCAAAAUAUUUAUCCGACCAGCUGAUGAACUCGCCCAAGAUCUGGAACUUGCCCGAACAAGUUUACGAGUUCCAGUCAUCGAUCUUAAUGGAGUUGACGAUAACGGAAGCUCGCUAAGGGAAGAAGCAGUUGAACAAGUUAAGCAAGCUUCAGAAAAAUGGGGUUUCUUCCGGGUGAUUAAUCAUGGGAUACCCAUGAAAGUGCUCCAAGAAAUGCUGAAUGGGGUACGUGAGUUUAAUGAGAAGGACGUCGAGAUGAAAAAGGAUUAUUAUUCGAGGGAUCCAGAGAAGUUGGUGAAGUUCAACUCCAACUACGAUCUUUACCUGUCAAGAUCAGCUAAUUGGAGGGAUACGUUGGUAAUUGACAUGUUGAAUACUUAUGAUGUUGAUCCUCAAUAUCUGCCAUCGGUUUGCAGAAAUGCUACUCUGGACUACCUAAAUCAUCUGAAGAAGCUGGUAGAUACCCUUUUUGAGUUAUUAUCGGAAGCUUUGGGGCUGGAAACGAACCAUCUGAAACUACUGGAAUGCGAGAAAGGUCGAAGCCUGGCUUGCAACUACUAUCCUGCAUGCCCUAUGCCCGAGCAGACCCUCGGAAUCAGCAAGCACACCGAUGCAUCUUUUAUCACUGUACUUCUACAGGAUGAGGUUGGGGGACUACAAGUUCUGCAUCGAAACCAAUGGGUCGAUGUUGAACCUAUUCCUGGUGCUCUCAUUGUCAAUAUUGGAGAUCUUCUUCAGAUCUUAUCAAAUGAUAAGUUCAAAAGUGUGAUCCAUCGUGCACUUGGGAAUGCAAGUCGAACAAGAACGUCGGUUGCAUGUUUUGUUGAUGGUGUGUCAACACCCGCAAAAGUUUAUGGACCGAUUGAGGAGCUUAUAACGAAAGAAAGUUCUCAGAUGUAUACAGAUUUCACAGUAAGGGACUACAUCAUCAAGUUCUUCUCCAGGGGACUCGACGAAAAGUCUGGCCUAAACCAUGUUCGAAUAUAA